AUUAUUUUCAAGAAUUUUACAUGUGUAUUGUUUGAAAAUUGAAUUUUUACAUUUGAUUUUUGUUUUGUUUUGUAAUUCAAAAGAUAUUUUUGUUUCAUCAACGAAUUAAAAAUAAUGAUUCUAUCACCAGCAUCAUCAGAAGCUAAACAUCAAAUCGAUGUUACAGCUGAAGAUCAACAGAUGAUUAAUCGUUUUGCAAGAUUGAAUCUGAAAUCAGAUGAAUUACAGAAUAAAUAUGAAGAAUUAAAACGACAAACUGAAAAUUUAGAAGAAGCUGAAAAUGAAUUAAUGUUACAGGAUGAUUUUGAUGAAGAUUUCGCUGAUGAUGGUGAUGAUGAUGAUAAAAAUUCAAACCAAAAUCAACAAAGCGGCCAAUCAUCAGCCGUUAAAAUUAAACCAAGUUCAAAUAUUCAAUUUGUUGUUGGCACAUCAUUCAUGGCUGUAACCAAAACCGAAUGUGAAAGUCUUAUUGAACAACGAAAAGCAGAAAUUAAACAAAAAAUGAAAGAUCUGGAUGAGCAAUUGGCACCAAUGAAAGAAGAAAUGAAUUCAAUUAAAUCAAAAUUAUAUGCAAAAUUCGGUAGCAAUAUCAAUCUUGAUUCUGAAGAUUCAUAAUGAUUUCAAUUUCAUUUUUAAUAAUACAAAAAUUGAAUUUAUUUUACAAA